AUGUCGCCUUUUCGCGAUCCUCCGGCAGAGAUCAUCAACGCGUGGGAGCUUAUGGCGGGGCUCGAGGACGAAAUAAUUCCGGGCCGAAGAAGCGUAAAGUCGGGGCCUUUAACCCGAAGCCUAACCGGAAUCGAAUCCAUAAGCCCGAUGAAGUUCUUGAGCCAAGUGGGGUCCCCGAGGAAGUCGAAGAAAAUCGCUGGCAAGGAGAAUAAAGGCCGGGCGAACAACGCGGGCUCGACUGAGAAUAGCCCGAAAGCAAUUAUUCUCAAAGAUUCAAACAGCAAUAAUGCAAAGGAUGGCACGAAAAAGCCUUCCCCGAGACUGUGGGCCUCAAUCAAAGGAAGCCCGGGUGUUAAAAGAUCCGAGAGUUUGAGGUUCUUGUCCGGAAGGAGGAUUCUUGGCCCGUUGUUCGACCCGGAACUCUUGGCCGAGUUCGAAAGGGAGGUAUCCGAAGAGGAAGAAGAGAUCAAGAAGAUGAUUUCGGCGAAUCAAAGCCCGAAAAAGUCAAAAUCUUUGCUCGAAUCGGAAGGUUUUCUCGAGUCCUACAAGAGAAAGUGCCCGCCAGGUGGCCAGAACGCGGUUGUUCUCUACACGACUACUUUGAGGGGUAUAAGGAAGACUUUUGAGGACUGCAACGCGGCCCGGUCGAUCGUCGUGGCCCACAGAGUGCAGGUGCUCGAACGGGACAUAUCUAUGGACUCGGGCUUUAAGGAGGAGUUGAGGGGGCUGAUGGGUUCGAAGGAGGUUCGGGUGCCGUUAGUGUUCGUAAAGGGGAGAUUGAUUGGCGGGUCGGAUGAGGUGGCGAGGCUCGACGAGGAAGGAAAAUUGGGGGUUUUGCUUCGGGGGAUCCCGAGGGCCGGGCCCGCGGGCUGCAAGGGUUGUGCCGGGGUUCGGUUCGUGAUGUGCUAUGAGUGCAGUGGGAGCUGCAAGCUGUUGGGGGAUGAUGGGAGGAAGAGUGUGAAGUGUGGGAAGUGCAAUGAGAAUGGGUUGAUUGUUUGCCCAAUUUGUUGUUAG